GGGGAGCCCCCGGGCCCCGGCAGGAGCACCGAGAGCCGCCCGAGGGCUCUGGAAGCCGGCUCUGAACCCACGGCCCCAGGCCAGGAGCCGCGCCCCGGCCCCGGGGCACCCCGCGGGAGGCCGGGCGGGCCCUGCCCGGUGCCUUCCCCUCACAGCGGCGGGGCCGGGGCGCGGGGGAGGCGGGCCGGCUCCUUCCCCCCGCAGCAGCCGGGGAGUAACGAAAGCAACCGGGGCCGGGCAGAGCCGUCCCUCGGUACCCUCAGGCCGUGCCGGGCCGCCAUGCCGGGCCGUGCCGCCGCGCUGGUGCUGGCGCUGCUGGCCCUGCCCCGCCGUGCCGCCGCCGGCUGUGCCGCCCUGGGGCUGUGCUGCCCCGGCCGAGACCCGUCCUGCCUGGGCACCGGCUGGCGGCCCGACGGCUCCUACGGGCCCUGCUACUGCGACCAGGCGUGCGAGCACACCCUCGACUGCUGCCACGACUAUGCCCGGGCCUGCCCAGUUAUGCCCUGUGUUGUAUCUCAGUGGAGCGUCUGGAGUGGCUGUGCAGAGCCUUGCAAGACAACAUACCGUGUUCGGAGGAGGCAUGUCAUCCAGGAGCCCAGGAAUGGAGGAGAGGUAUGCCCUCCUCUGGAGGAGAGGGCUGGCUGCGUGGAGUACUGGACAGAACAAGGAACAGAGUGCAAACAGUACCUGAUCCCCGCGUUAAUAACAACAGGAGGGUUUGGAAAAGCGAGGAAAAAAAGAGCUGCAGAUGAUGGCAAUGAAAGAGUGGGAUACUGUGUCGAAUUCCAGCUUGUGGCCAUCACGCCGGCCUGCUUGCACAGUCACCACUCGUACACUCACUGGAUGCAGUAUCUCAGGGAGGGCCACACCGUCUGCGUGGAGUGUCAGCACCCAGCUUUAGACUCCAAGAGUCUACAUUGCUACGGGGAUGGCAGCGGAAGCAAAAAGAAUCAGCUGUUGCACUGGCAAGCAGUAGGGAACCCUCGAUGCAGGGGAACCUGGAAGAGAAUUCGCCAGCUGGACACUUGCUCCUGUCCUUCUGUUCACAGCUUCUUGUUCAUCUAACCCCUGACAGUCUCAGCAAGCAAGUGGUGUGACAAUUGUCUGGCACAAGCAUGGAGCAGCAAGAAUAAUCACAGCCAAAACAAUGACUUCUCCAUGUCAGAGGCUAUGCUGCUUACGUUCAAGAGGUUGCUGUCUGCACUGGGUCAUCUCUGUCUGUGUGUACUCUUCAAUUUCCAAAGAAAUCAGGCUGGCAGUGAAGUGCCAGCCUCUUUCUGUAUAUCCAUUCCUGUAGCCUCUUCUGCCUGACAGAGGUCUUUCUGACCCUGCUGUCUUUAAAAUUAACCCUCCCCAUCCUCACAUAAGAAAGCAGACAAAAAAGUCCACAUAAACCCAAGUUUAAUGAUUGUUUUCUAAAGUCCUAGUAAAAAAAAUCAACAGCAGAAUGAUUUAACUCAAGUGCCUUCUUUUCAUGGCAAUAGUAUUUCUUCAUGGAUGCUAGUGCUUAUAUAUCUUUCCCUUUUGUUUGCCUCCCUUCUCCUGCCCCCGGUCUCAUCAUUUCAUAUUGAUCCUCCUUCCAUAUUGAUCCUCACUCUUACAGAGGGCUGAUCUUGUGCUGCUGAGAUAAUGGAAAAACUUAGAAAUGAGCCUGUUCAAAUCUGUGAGAAUAGAAGGUACCAGGGAUAAAUGGGUCCUUGACUUCAGGUUUCAAGGAGCAUCUUGGAGUUGACCCAAAAUGCAGUGCUGUUCUGGAACUCAUCCCAAUAGCAAGUUAUCCCAGGUGUACCUGGAGAGGUCGGCUGUAGCCUUGUAUUUUUAACUGGAAAUUAUUUGAAAUAUUUUCUUUAUAGUCUGAUGAUUUAUGUUCACACUUUUCUUUAAAUGGAAAUAAAAGAGACUGGAGAUGUUCUCCCAGUGUGAAAUUGA